GCAAAGAUCAUUCUCGACUUUCUUAUACGAUGGAUUCGUUUCUGUGUGCCGACGAUACAGCAACGGGGGAUUCUUGGGUCGCCGCUACAUCAACCCAGCAGACUGAGGAUGAUCAGCCCCGUCGAUCAACGGAAGUGAAAGAGAAAGACGCAGAUCUCCUCAGCCUGAUCGAUCUUGAAGCUUUCGUCAAACUGCAGUACUCCACCGUAGGUCCUGUGGGAACUUCGGCCAACCUUGGAUCGCCAGGCGACUAUCUCAACUCCUUGGUUAUCCGUACCGGUGGUUCAUUCUCUGUGCGCAGAGUGCCGUACUCCUCAUUUUAUCACCCCAUCGAUAUCUGGGAUGAACCUCAAGGGCAGCGUAAGCCCUUCGUAGUCGUCAAACAGCCUCUUUCCGGCAGCAAAGGGAGAGAAGGCGGAUUGCGGAACCCGGAAGACCCAAAAAGGCUACACUCGGUUCUCCUCGAGCUCAAGGUACUGUAUCAUGAAGCGAUACGUAAUCAUCCGAACAUCGUUAGAUUGCACCAUUUCAUGUGGGACACACAGGAUCGGACAGAUUCCAUUGCGCCGUCCUUGGUCUUGGAAUAUGCAGAGCUCGGCACUCUGGCCGACUUCCAAGGUGCUGGGAGAGUCUCAUUCCACGCGAGCUUGAAGAAGCAGUUUUGCCUUGACGUCGCUCGCGGGCUUUAUUUUCUGCACGAAUGUGGCAUUGUUCACGGGGACGUUAAGAGCGAAAAUAUUCUUGUCUUCCUAGAGCCACAGAAAGGGAGACGUGCGAAUGGAUACCGGGCAAAGGUGUCAGAUUUUGGUUCCGCACUCAUCGAGGUGUUUCCAAGUUCCGAUGCUCCGGCGAGAGUACUUCCCGGUCAGACGGCGCCGUGGGAAGCCCCAGAAGCCCUUAACAAAGCGCCGCUCGAUCCGUUAGGACUGCGUCGUACAGAUAUCUAUUCCUAUGGUCUCAUGGUAUGGCGCAUAAUGUGCAACGGCAGACGCCCACACAAACGGACGACGUCCGCUGGGGAUUUCCCAUAUGUACUCUCCGAAGACGAGUUCGAGCGCGUCAAGUUCACAGGGGAUGUACUACUUGCGCUGGCUAACGACUCUCUAAACGAUCGCUGCCCAGGUGACGUCGACAAAGAGUAUACUGGGUCAAUCUUCAAGGAGACCAUUCGGUUCAAUCCGGCGUUAAGGGUAUCAUCUUUCGGAGAGAUUAUUGCGCUUCUAGACUGCCCUUCCCACUCUCGGCCAAAACAGGAUAUCAAGCCUGUCCAGCUUCGCAGAGGAGAGUUUGGCAUAUGGUGCACCAAGCUUCCAACCUAUAUGUACUUCCUUCGAACCGCUCCCGUUGGCUUUAGAAGCCUUAUUUGCACUCAACUGGCACAAUUGUCCAAGAAUGAAGACGACCGCUUCAGGGCCCGAGCGCUUCUUGCCUCCGGUAUCUGCCACCUUCAAGAACUCCAUCCCGAGUUUAACAUAGAUGCCGGAGUGCGGUUGCUAGCCGAAUCGGCAGAAAUGGGCGACGCGUCUGCUCAAAGCUUGCUGGCCUGCCUCAGAGUCCAGGACGCCCGAUACCCCUGGAACGACUGGCUGGUGAAUGCCAUUCGAAAUGGUUCCGUUAACGCAGCUAUGCAACUGCAAAAGGCGAACCCGACUCUUUUCGAAGCCGAACUUUCAAGAAUGAAGUCGGACAGGAAUACUGUCGCUCGCCAGAUUGCACAGCAUCCGGAAACUCUAAGGGAUACCAACAGCAUCCAACUCAUCCAUACACUAGAUCAGUAUUCCCAGGAUAUGCUAUUCCGGAAGGGUGUCCAGGCUUGUCAUUGGGCGGCAUUUCUAGGGCAUCUGGACGAGUGUGUUAAUGCGGAUGAGCUUAAAGCGCAAGUGCACUCCAUAUCCUCCCUGAAGGAGACUCCUCUGCACUAUGCUGCUAUCAGCGCAAACAUCGAAGCCGCUACCUUCCUCCUACAUUAUGGCGCAGAUGUCAAUGCCCGCACCAAGUUCGGAGCUACACCACUGCACUAUGCCCUUCUUUGUCUCUCACCAAAGGGCAUGGUGGAACUCCUCCUCACGAAUGGCGCUGAUGCUAAUGUUCUGUCGGAAAGCUCCUUGAGCGAUCAGCCUAAACGAGCGGACUGCUUCCGUCUCGGCGUUGGCUCGCCUCUUCAUUUUGCAGUUCUUUUCGAGGAUGUCGACCUCGUGGCGUUACUAUUACACGCUGGCGCGAACCCGAAUCUCAAGAAUGCGGCGGGUGUAACGCCGUUGCAAUAUGCACUCCAGGCGCGCGAUCUGCGUAUGCUUGAGUUGAUGCUGCCAUUUACGAUACAAGAUGAAGCCAGCCUACCUGAUAUCCACAAUCUCUAUCCCUUCCUCACAGGGUAUUUCCUGACGCCUUUGCAAAAGCUGGUAUACUGGCGCGGAAAUCCCAUGGCGUACCUACUCGAUGCCAUUGAGCUUCUGGAAAGACAUGGUCUCUACAUCGAUGAUCGGGGUAUGCUCUCCUGGGCACUGGAUUCCGAUAAUGCCGACAUCGCUGAUUUCUACAUUACGAAACUCGGCCUUGAUACGGGCAGAACGGUCCAGCCGUGGCGCACUCUCCCGUAUAAUCAUGGCCCCGAAGACGUAUCAGUGGAAGUGUACUACUACGACCUCCCUACCAUGCUGGCCGUCGUAGCAUUGGCCUGCGGCACUGCGGUGGUCAAAGUCGUCGCUAAGUACAUUCAGGGACCUUUGCCACCAUGGGGAAACCAGGGGUGGCCAUAUCUAACAUGUGUUGCGAACCGCAAGUCUACCUCGCCGUCAGAAGCCAUGGCAAUCAUCGACACGCUCCUUGAAUGCGGUGCCCGCUUCGACGUCCUUGACAUCUCCGGUCACGGCCCUCUACACAGUGCUACCGCGAGCAAUAACCACGAAAUACUGGACGUUCUCCUCGCUCGCGAUCCCUCCAUUGACGAUGUACGCGCUGCUUUCGAGCUCUGCAUCCACAAGAGCCAUUCCCGUGCGGCCUCCACAAUGAUCUACUCUAUCCUCAGCAAGUGUCCGCAAGUCCUGCUGACGCCUCUACAAGACUUAUCUCGCCCAUUCAGCAGCACAACGGCGCCUGCUGGCCCUAAUCUGAACUAUCUGAAGAUGUUGGCUGGUGCACAGGAGUACACCAGAGAUGAGGUGCUUAAUGAGUACAUUCUCCGUUCUGUCAUUGCCGCGUUGAAGGAUAUGGGGCGGGAAGGCUUACAAGCGCUGAGCGAUCGAGUGCAGCAGAAUACAGCAAACAACUGUAGUCCGCUGCACGAAGCUGCGCGGACGGGCAACAAGCGUGCUGCGACUAUUAUGGUAGAGCAGGGCGCUGAUAUUAACGGCUAUGUGGCGAACCAUCUGGAGCAAUUACUAGGCCCUCCUCCACCGGAGUUCGACAACUGCCAGGUUCUCGAAGAUCCAUUCCUUCAGGCAAUCCAAGCGGGUCCAACGCCGCUCGACUGCGCACUCAACCGCGACUGGUUCCUGACGCUAUUCCGCUACAUUGGCAAGUACCAAACCACGGUUCGGGAUCUCUUCUACGCCGGCGGAACGUACCUAGAGCAAGCGGCAUAUGACCGUCGAACACAGGAUGUGGUGCAGUACCUGCGGAGCACAGACGCGAAGACGAAAUGGGAGCUCUUUAGUGUCCCGCAACCGCCGCCUACAUCCCAGCAAUCGCGGAACACGGCAUCGCAUCGGCAGAAGUACAUCGAUUCCACAACGGUGCAGCCUUCUUCAGACACGGAGACCCAGAUCUUUAAGUUUUUCGGCAAGGCAUCGGCACUUCCUGUUGCUAACAUGAUGAUGGCGCGGUGUCCAGAUUUGAUUAUGAAGGUGGAUACUAAACGGACAUGCUUCUCUACGCUCUUUAUCGAAGCUUCUGCGCGCUUCGAACAAUUAUUCGCAAGACACUGGACGGAGGAAGAGAGCGAACUCAAGCUCGCCCUUGAAGAAGUGUCCAAACAAUAUCACGCCUGGAGCGAAAAGCAUGGUGCCGCGCAGGGCCUUCUCAAUCCCAUAGCGGAUUUUCCGUUCCAGAGUCUAGUCCUAGCCGCUGCCCUGCGGUUCUGUCUCGCCGAAAUCAGUGCUGCGUUGGGACAUAUGAAGGAACUUCUGGAGCUGAAGCCAAGGCCGGUGUAUUUCCAGCAGCGCGGUAGGGAGCUUGCGACUGAUUUUAGACGCGUCAUCCAGGUUCUUGUUGAAGAAGAUGUGGAUUUAUUGGAACUGAAUCGGAGGGCCGUGGAGGAGGUUGAGACGAAGCUCGGGAUGAAGAUUGAAGAGAUGCAAUUGUAACGGAAGAUUUGGAGUAGCGAAAAUGCCGGGCUGUGGCACUUGGUGAUGUGACCGUCUACGCCGCUUCCCACUAUCACCAUCUCGGUACCCUGCCGGCGUGGAACGAAUGCGGGCUUCUUCCAGGCUCCGACACAUGCGGAUGAAAGCAACCCGUUUUGGGAGUAUAGGAAGAGAUGGCGUGAGAAGAUCAUGAAGAGACAUUGCGGCUUACGCCGAGUCGUUCCUGGCAGAACGGAGGAGAUGUUGAAAAGAAAUGUAGACACCAUCAGACAUGACUUUCCAACACAAAUCUUGUUUAGGUCUAGGCCGGACACUAACGUAUGUUGACGGAGAAGUCAAGUAACAGGAAGAGGAUCUUGGAAGUAAACGCUCCUAAAAACAGACGAGUCUAUUGCCGCAUACUGUGCGUCCUCUAGGUACCGAAAACUAUGUAAAUCUUCUUGCUUAUACUACGGUAAUUGCGUAGUGAGGCAUGAGCGAAGUAAUUACAAUUAG